GGUGGUGGUGGUUGAAGCAAGGCCACGCUCGGGUGGCUUGGUGUCGCACGUUCUGUGCUUCCGCCUGCGGGACGAGGCGCUGUCAUGGCGAGGCCUCUGUUGGCCCUACAGAUCGGUGUACCGAUCUUCUCAUUUCUCGUACUCACCACAGAAGUUUUCAAGACAGCAGGUGUGCAUGGACGGUCGUCCAGCUCUGGAAACUCAGUCAACGUGUCCCUGAGUGCAGGUGCAAUCGUGGGUAUUGUUUUUGGGGUCGUUGGGGGCAUCAUCUUAAUGUUGGUGCUGCUGUUGAUCCUCAAACGUCUCUGCCGCAGGUGGGCCAGAACCUCUGCUGCACGUGCAAACUCAAGUGGUCAGAUGGUAAGCUACUCCAGCUCAAGUAACAAUGGACUAAUAAAACCUACCCCGAGUGUGGCGCAAGUCCCAGUUCAGAGUUCGUGGCCGUCACAUCCAGACACGAGGGGAGACUACUACGGACAGACAUUCAGUGAACCAACAGAGAGUAGUCUUUCCUACUCUUCACCUUUCGGCAAUGGGCCCAUCACAUCGGAUGCAAAGGCAGGUUGGCAAUGAGAGGAACAAAAGCAGCCUGUCAGAGAGAUGGAUACAAACUGACAAUGAGAGGAGUGGCGCCGGUCGUUGUGCGUGUUUGUGGUGGGGUAGCAGCAGCGGUCGGGGUGCGCCGCCUGUGACGUCAUACGUAGUGUCAGCGGCCGGUUCACUACUUCAUGUUCGCAUUCCUGGGCAGACACUAAAAAAAAUUGAUGGACAAACCGUGUCGUUGGGUAACAGGAUUUUUUGUUACUGAGUUAACAGAACAGCAAAUGGCUGAUCCGGAUUUCCUUUCUAACGACUUUAUCCAGGGGGCAAAAAAGAGAAGAAAAGUUAAGAAGUAGAAUGUUGGAAAUUUGUGAAAAGGAUACUCAAAGGAAGCAAAGACUGAAGAUAAAAAUCAGUUUCAAACUUCAGUGUUGCACUUACUGCCAUCUAGUAUAAUAUCGAGUAUUGUAUCUUCUGGAUUUGGGUUUUUACAGCGUGCAAUAAAAUAUUUUUAUACGAUGA